UCUGCAGCUCUCCCGUUUCGGUUCAGUGGCAGGUGCGGGGAGCCGGGAGCCACCAUGGCCACCAUGGGGAUCCAAGUGCUGGGCAUCACCCUCUCGGUCAUUGGCUGGCUGGGCACCAUCCUCUGCUGCGGCCUGCCGAUGUGGCGAGUGAUGGCUUUCGUCGGCAACAACAUCGUGGUGUCCCAGAUCAUCUGGGAUGGCCUGUGGAUGUCCUGCGUGGUCCAGAGCACCGGGCAGAUGCAGUGCAGGAUCUACGAGUCCAUGCUGGCCCUGGCCCAGGACAUGCAGGCAGCCCGGGCGCUGGUGAUCGUCGCGAUCAUCCUGGCGGUGGUGGGCAUCUUUUUCGCCAUCAUCGGCGGGAAAUGCACCAACUGUGUGGAGGACGAAUCGGCCAAGGCCAAGAUCGUCAUCUUCUCCGGUGUCAUCUUCAUCUUGUCCGGCCUGAUGCUCCUCAUCCCCCUCUGCUGGACCGCCAACAUGAUUAUCCGGGACUUCUACAACCCCAUGGUCACCGACAACCAGAAGCGGGAGCUGGGCGCCUCGCUCUACAUCGGCUGGGCCUCCGCCGGCCUCCUUCUUCUCGGAGGGGCCUUGCUCUGUUACAAUUGCCCGCCUAAAAACGAGAAGCCCUACUCCGCAAAGUACACAGCGGCCCGAUCGAUGCCAACCAGCAACUACGUCUAAAAUCAGCCGGUCUUCCCUGCUGUGUGGUUUUGGCCUGGGACUUCCACCACCCCAGCAGGGGAGAUCUAAGACUGCGUUUUUUCCUCCGCUGAACAGUCCCUCCGACCAUAAUUUAAAAACUUUAUGCUGUGGCUGGAGCUUCUUACCCUGAUUCCAAUAGCGGGCAUCAUUCUAUUGUGUUCACUCCUUGGAGGAAACAUCUCAGGCAAAGGGCCUGAAUGUGUUUGGCUGUCACCCACUGGAAACACGUGGAGAACCUGCUUCCGAGGCAUUCAUUGCCUUUGGACUAUGGGCAACGGGUUAUCUUCAAGGUCAUCCAAUGGAUCCCAGCUCGCAAAGCUGGACUGGGGAGGUGGAAAGGCUCUCCUCCUUGCCUUCGCACCGGCUCACCACCAGAAUGGAAUGGAGAGCAACAGCACAGAAUUUGGGGUUUGUGUGUCUUAGUUUGCUGGGCUAUCUCUGGUUGCCUAGAUCUUGAAAGACUGAACCACGCUGGUGUUGCAGGGUGGCUUGGAGUGGGGACUGGGAACCAAUGUUCCCUCUAAGCUGUGGAGUCUUGUGAGCAAAAACUCUCCUUUGUGAGUGA